AUGAGUUUUGGUUGGUCUGCCGGCGACAUCUUCACACUUGUAGUCACCUGCUACAGGAUUGUCGAUACCUGCCGUGACGGACUAACCAGCGCAUCCCUACAACUUAGCAGCUUACAAAAUGAUCUCGAAGAAUUCACAGCGGUGCUCAUGCACUUGCACACAGUUGUCAAGGAAAGCAAGAAUAUCGCAUUUUUCGAUAUGAAGGAGAUGAAAAAGACCAUCGAAGCUUGCAACAUUUAUCUUACCAAGUACGCUGGUCUCAAGCGCAAACCGUCGUUUUCCAAAGGGAAAGAGUUGUUGGAUAAUGCGAAGGAUGCGGGGAUUAAGAUCAAGCAGGCAGUUGUAUUUUCGACGCUGGGUGGUGAUCAGGAAUUACAGGUGCUGCAGCGCAGACUUGCGCGACAUCGGCAGACUUUGGUGCUUUAUCUCCAGAUCUUGGAACGUAACCGGCGCACAACAGAAGAUAUCAAACUCAACAAACGCUUAUCCAAUGUCGAGGCCAUGGUCAAGGACAUGCACUCGGUCCGACGUCUCUCUGCCACAGCAACACCAGAUAUUGCUCCAAAAUCACCGCGUAUACAACAACGACAGCCCGAUAAUGAAGACUACGAGGCUAUCUUUAGGCAGCUCAACGAGCAAAAAAGAUUAGCUCUAAUCGAGGCCGAGCGACCCAACAAUGAUGACAACCUCGAAGAACUGAAUGAUAUUCUUAGCCAUCUUGAGCUGAUAAGACUAAGGGUUUUGAAUGCAGCGGAGAGAACAGCCAAUUCGACGGCACAACGGCGCACCGGAUCGGUUUCGCACCAGAUUGCGCUCAACCGUAUGCUCACACCUCAUCAUAUGGGAACACCGCCGUUACGACCUGUACAAAGAGUCGACACACACGACAGUGGAUUCGCUGAAAUGCUUCCACCGGCACUGGCUUCGGUGCGCGAAGAAAGCUCUGGUCUUACCGAAGGAUUCGUCGAAAGUGGUCAUCUCAACAAACAUGGUGGUCCUUCUUCCUCCUUCUCUGAAGGGAUGGUUGAACGCUACCCACCACCCAUAGCGCCAAGAAAUAUUCUAAACAGAAGUCGCACUCUAUCGGCCAACUCGAUCACAAGACCGGUUGUGACUCCAUCUUCAUCUUCCGAAUCAGUCGCAGCGUCUACUGCACCAACUACGCGCUCGCCCCGUCAAUCAGGUACUUUUAGCAUGACCUCAUCAGAAGGUUCUUUUAUCUCUACAAUCGCAUAUUGGCAGGUAAUUCCAUUUGAAGGAUGGUUGAAAUGUUGUACGAAAGCUUCACACAAGCCACUUCCCUGCAGUAUUCAUGGGAGCUACGACUCGAAUGGUCAGGUUUAUGGUAUUGACAUCCGACGACAGGAUACAAACACUCGAUUAGUUUUUAUAAAGCUCUCCAAGAAAAAAAGACCAAUCCCUCAAGUUGAGCCAUCCUGGGGACGUCACGUCGCCAAAGAAGGAUACCAGGCUUAUUUCAUAAACCCACUUGAUACAGAACCCAAAGAUGAGGAAGUAAAGUUCUUCUUCCAAGAAGAGAAAUCAUUAAACAAAUUUGAGAGCCUGGUAUACGGCCAAGAGCUACUAUUCAGCAUCGAUUUCAAGAAGAUAUUGUCAUCCAAUCGCACCCUCAGUGAAAACCAGAGACUUCGUAUCUGGACAAAAGGCGACACAAAAUCUCUACUUUUCUACACGACCAACAAACCUGACAAGGCGAAGGGGCGGUAUCAUCCUGUUCUUGCUCAAGAAGUUCAUGAAGUCAAAGUGGGCAAGACGUCAGUGGAAUUCAAACUUCAGAACAAUAGUCACGAUCUGAAGGAUCUCAAGAUUGAGUUUGAAAACAAAGAUGAUCUUACCCUGUUUUCGACCCAAUUCUUAUCAUGA